UCGACUGACAGAUGCCUGCGUGAAUCCGCAGCACGGUCAGGUAAGGUCGAUGCGGAUCUAUGAUGCUGAGAUUGGGCUUCGUACGGUCUCCAUCAUCAAGCACCAUCAAAAACAUCCAAUACGCCAGGCUCUUCACAGGAUUCCUUCUGCGAAAAGACAAACAUCACACUUUAUUUAAGAGCCGGUGCUCUGGACCAGCACAAGCCCUCCAGUUUGGCCAAAAGUUAGUGCCUGUCAGUUUGAAAUUGUCCUGGGACAGCUUCAGAUCCUCUGGAGCGGUCUGCUUUAGCAUGGCAUCAGGGAGUGAUGGAACAAACAGAUUAAAGACUCCAAAACACACCAAUCGCCUGAGUAAGGAGAAGUCUUCUUACCUACUGCAGCAUGCACACAACCCUGUGGAUUGGUAUCCAUGGGGGCAAGAAGCCUUUAAUAAGGCAAAGAGUGAGGACAAACCCAUUUUUCUAUCAGUGGGUUAUUCCACUUGUCACUGGUGUCACGUUAUGGAGAGGGAAUCUUUUGAAGAUGAGGAGAUCGGAGAAAUCCUCAGCAAGAACUUUGUCUGUGUAAAAGUGGACAGAGAGGAGAGGCCUGAUGUUGACAAAGUGUACAUGACAUUUGUGCAGGCAACAAGUGGCGGUGGUGGUUGGCCAAUGAGUGUGUGGCUCACGCCAGAUCUCCGGCCGUUCUUAGGUGGCACUUACUUCCCACCCAGAGACAGUGAAAGAAGACCUGGACUGAAAACCGUGCUCUUACGAGUCAUAGCACAAUGGCAGAGUAACAGAGGAAAUCUAGAGUCCAGUGGAGAGAGGGUACUGGAAGCUCUUAGGAAGGGGACAGCAAUCUCUGCCAGCCCUGGAGAAACUCCUCCAUUUGGCCCAGAUGUUGCCAACAGAUGUUUCCAGCAACUGGUUCACUCUUAUGAGGAAGAAUAUGGAGGCUUUCGAGAGGCACCAAAGUUCCCGUCACCAGUGAACCUGAUGUUCCUAAUGUCAUAUUGGGCAGUAAAUCGUGCCACCUCUGAAGGAGCAGAAGCACUGGAGAUGGUCCUUCACACUCUCAAAAUGAUGGCACUAGGGGGCAUUCAUGACCAUGUGGCACAGGGCUUUCAUAGAUACUCAACAGACUCCUCAUGGCAUGUUCCUCACUUUGAGAAGAUGUUGUAUGAUCAAGGACAGCUUGCUGUGGCCUACAUCGCUGCUUAUCAGGUAUCUGGGGAACAGCUUUUUGCAGAUGUGGCUCGUGAUGUGUUGCUUUACGUCUCCAGAGACCUAAACGACAAGUCUGGUGGGUUCUAUAGCGCUGAAGAUGCAGAUUCCUUCCCCACGGCAGCGUCCACUGAGAAGAGAGAGGGAGCGUUCUGUGUGUGGACAGCAGGAGAGAUCAGAGAGCUGCUUCCUGACAUCGUGCAAGGGGCCACAGGAUGUGCAACGCAGGCGGAUAUAUUCAUGCAUCAUUAUGGUGUGAAAGAGCAAGGCAAUGUGGACCCUGCACAGGACCCUCACAAAGAGCUGCAGGGUCAGAAUGUGCUGAUUGUGCGUUACUCAGUGGAGCUCACCGCUGCUCACUUUGGCAUCAGCGUGGACAGGCUGUCCGAGCUGUUGGCUGAUGCCCGGGCCAAGCUGGCUGAGGUGCGGAGAGCCCGCCCACCUCCUCACCUUGACACCAAAAUGCUUGCAUCCUGGAAUGGGCUUAUGUUGUCUGGGUUUGCACGUGUCGGAGCCGUGCUGGGGGACAAGGCUCUACUGGAAAGAGCUGAGCAGGCUGCUUGUUUUCUUCAAGAACACCUCUGGGAGGAAGAGGGCCAGAGGAUUCUCCAUUCCUGUUAUCGUGGAAAUAACAUGGAGGUGGAGCAAGUUGCAUCCCCCAUUGCGGGCUUCCUAGAUGAUUAUGCCUUUGUGGUGUGUGGGCUGCUGGACCUGUAUGAGGCCACACAGCGGGUCCGUUGGCUGCAAUGGGCUGAAGAACUCCAGCAGAGACAGGAUCAGCUCUUCUGGGAUUCCCAGGGCAGCGGCUACUUCUGCAGUGACCCAUCAGAUCCAACACUACUGCUGGCCCUCAAACAGGAUCAGGAUGGUGCUGAGCCCAGUGCAAACUCUGUUUCUGCCAUGAACUUGCUGCGGCUCUCCCACCUCACAGGCAGACAGGAUUGGAUACAACGCUCUCAACAAUUACUGGCUGCCUUCUCUGAUAGACUCAUUAAAGUGCCGAUUGCACUGCCAGAAAUGGUCCGCAGUGUAAUGGCCCAACAUUACACCCUUAAACAGAUUGUUAUCUGUGGCCAGCCUGAUGCCGAGGACACUGCAAGUUUGAUUUCCUGUGUCAACUCCCUUUUUCUACCCCAUAAAGUCUUGAUGUUGGCAGAUGGUAACACAGAGGGCUUCCUUUACCAGAGGCUGUCUAUCCUCUCCACCCUGGUUCCUCAGGAUGACAGAGCCACUGCGUAUGUGUGCGAGAACUUCACCUGUGCCCUCCCCAUCACCUGCCCACAGGAGCUCAGGAUACUGCUGUUGGAGUGAGACCUGCUGUCACACCACACAAGCAGUGAAGACCAUCACUGUGGGUUCUUUCUUGAGUCAGACUGCUAAAUGUCUUAGAAUAUUAAACAGUAGCAAACUGCAGACAUAAAAACAGUCAUAAAUGAAACACACAGUGGCAAGGCAAACCUCUAGGGGUUGCCCUAUUUUGUGAUGUUCUGCCUCAUUCUUAGACCUAUCUUACAGGCCAGUAGUCUGGGAGAUGGAAAUACAAUGACCUAAUAAUAUGAGGUGGAACGCUGAGACUAAAUCUUUCAUAGGUUUGUCUCAGGGGUUUGAGUGAUUUAUGACAACCUGCUUUCUUAAAGUUAAGGCAUGUUCUUCCACAAUGUUUCGUCUAUGCACUACAGCUGAACAGCCCUGAAUAAGCAACACACUGCUGAACAGACUAGAUGUAGAGAUCAGUAUAUGUGGAAUGAGACAUACAAAACAAUGUAUAUAUGCUUGAUCUCAGACUCAUAUAUAUAUAAUAGAAUAUAAUAAAUUCUCACUGAGUAAC